UCAGCUGAGGAAACCUUAGUAUCUUCUCCAAUAAGCCUAUGACCUUUCUACGUAGGCUUUUAUACAUUUCAGCGUUGAGUUAACUUCAAUUUGCUCAACCGAAUACGCGGGGAUGGGAGUUCCAGCAUUUUUUCGCUGGCUAUCAAAGAAGUACCCGUCGAUCGUAGUCCACUGUGUAGAAGAAAAGGGACGAGAAGUGGAUGGAGUUAGAGCCCCAGUGGACACAAGUUUACCAAACCCCAAUGACUAUGAAUUUGAUAACUUAUACCUGGACAUGAAUGGAAUCAUUCAUCCUUGUUGUCAUCCUGAAAACAAGCCAGCCCCAAAGAAUGAAGAUGAGAUGAUGGUGGCUAUUUUUGAGUACAUCGACAGAAUCUUCUCUAUAGUUAGACCCAGAAAGUUGCUUUACAUGGCUAUUGAUGGAGUGGCUCCAAGGGCAAAAAUGAACCAGCAAAGAUCUCGUCGUUUCAGAGCAUCUAAAGAAACCAAGGAAAAAGCAGAGGAAAUGACAAGAAUUCGAAGUGAAUUGAUGGAAAAAGGAGCUCUUUUACCACCAGAAAAAGGAAAAACUGAACACUUUGACAGUAACUGUAUUACACCAGGGACAGAGUUCAUGGCCAAUUUGUCGAUAUGUUUAAGAUACUACAUUGCUGACAGAUUAAACAAUGAUCCUGGAUGGAGGAAUAUAAAAGUGAUAUUAUCAGAUGCUAAUGUUCCUGGAGAGGGUGAGCACAAGAUUAUGGACUACAUCAGAAAGCAAAGAGCAAGUCCACAUCAUGACCCAAACACAAAGCACUGUUUGAAUGGCGCUGACGCUGAUCUGAUUAUGCUGGGACUUGCAACUCAUGAGCUUCACUUCACAAUCAUCAGGGAAGAGUUUAAACCAAAUCAGAAGAGACCUUGUGAGAUGUGUGGUCAAGUUGGCCAUGUUAUGGAUGAAUGUAUGGGUCUUCCAAAAGAAAAACAAGGGGAGUUUGAUGAGCUCCCUACACCUGUGGCUCAAGAAGUAGAGUUUAUUUUCAUCAGGCUGAACGUUUUACGGGAGUACCUCGAGCGUGAAUUGAGAAUGGAAGGCCUUCCUUUCCCGUAUAGCUUUGAGCGCUGUCUUGAUGACUGGGUAUUCAUGUGCUUCUUUGUAGGCAAUGAUUUCCUCCCUCACUUGCCGUCUCUAGAAAUCAGAGAAGGAGCCAUAGACCGUUUGGUGGGAAUUUACAAGAGGGUACUACCAAGAUGUGGGGGCUACCUUGCUAAACAUGGUAUUGUGGAUCUUGGCAGAGUACAGAUGAUUCUUCAAGAGCUUGGUUAUGUGGAAGAUGAAAUCUUUAAGAAAAGACAGGAAAACGAAUUACAAUAUAGAAGACGUUUGAAAGCAAAUAAAGAGAGAGAAAAACGACAAAAGAUGCGGGAUGCUCCUCUCUGGACACCAAGUGGACAAUUUAGCCCUCAUGCUAUAACUAACACACCUUCAGCUGUUGUCUCUCCUCGACAAGAGGCUUACGCCAUGCGAAAGCAAGCUAUGUCCUAUAGUGGUGGCAGUUCAGAAGCAGCUAAUAAGAGUGCUGCAGCAAAUCUUAGAGCCAUGCUUGUAACACCAUCUCCUGAUGCUAAUACGUCUUCUUCAAGUACGCCAAACUCGAAUCCAGCAUCAAACAAGAGAAAGCAUGAAGAGGAAGACGAGGAACCUAAAGAUGAUAUUCGGUUAUGGGAGGCAGGAUGGAAAGGCCGUUAUUACAAAAAUAAAUUUCAACUGUCUGAAGACGAUGAAGGUUAUGAUGACUUCAGGAAGAAAGUGGCACACGCCUAUGUGGAAGGACUCUGUUGGGUUUUACUUUAUUACUAUCAGGGCUGUCCUUCUUGGAAGUGGUUUUAUCCAUAUCAUUACGCUCCCUUCGCCUCAGAUUUCCGUGACCUUGCAUCACUUCCAAAUUCUUUUGAAAAAGGAACACAACCGUUUAAGCCUCUGGAGCAACUGAUGGGAGUAUUCCCAGCAGCCAGCGGAAACUUUCUUCCUCCAACCUGGAGAGAGUUGAUGUCUCACCCAGAGUCGCCGAUUAUUGAUUUCUACCCACUGGAUUUUGAAAUCGAUCUCAACGGGAAGAAAUACGCAUGGCAAGGUGUAGCCCUGUUACCGUUUGUUGACGAGAAGAGACUUCUCGGCGCUCUCAGUGGAGUAUAUCCAGAUCUCACUGAAUUUGAAAUGCAAAGGAACAAUCGCGGUAAAGAUCGCUUGUUUCUACGCCAGGGAAAUCCCAUCUUUGACUUCUUUGUUGGUUUAUAUGAAGGAGGUGGCAUCAAAGAGGCGGUUGAAAUCGUGGCUAAUCUGAGUGGUGGCAUGUCGGGAAAAGUAGAACCAGACGAUGUUCCUAUUUUACCGUACAAAACUGUUCCAUCUCCCAUACCUCAACUUUACGACUUACGGGACAACCGAACGAUAAGUGUCCUGUUCACGGAUCCUGUUUACGAUGACGAUCAUAUUUUCAAAGCAGAUGUUUUACCCAAAGCAGAACUUCCAGCCCGUGUUCUGAAGCCUGAGGGUUAUGACAGAAAUGCUCCAUAUCGGCCGGUCACAGGAAUGAAUCCUAACAGGACGUCGUUCGCUCAAAUUGACAGCGCUGGAAGAAGAAUGCUCAAUUUUCACGGAGGUGAGGUAUUUCGUCUAUCUACACCGGGCAGCCACGCUCCUCCCUUCAGGUCAUACUCAGUCCCACCGCAGAACUACCCAAGACAUGGUCAUCCUCCUCAUUCAAGAUCCAUUCUGGGUACACCUCCAUCAUCACGUGAUUACAAUGAUCCAAGACGAAACAACUCUUAUAGGCAGCAGGCACCGCGUCACAAUUCAGGCGGUUACCAAGGAAACAGACCUACGCCGUGGUCUCAUAUGCGGCCUUCUUAUCGGGAACCUGGGCCAAAUCAGCCCCAUUUCUCGCGCGGUAAUUAUAACAACUCACCACGGGACCCGCGGGAAAAUCAAGACAAUCGGUACCGGGGUGCCCCGGCCAGGCAUGAUCAUCGCCAGUCACACCAGCUCUCCAACUACCGCUACAGACCUUACUAGCUGAACUGCGUCGUCAUCCUUAGCAACCAAUCAUUAAGCCAGCAGGAACGUAGUGGACUACAAAACUCGUGGACGGGGAUCUGUUCAGUAAAAGCUGUAAGAACACAGUUCCGCUUCUCCGUCAUUACUGAGGCUUUACACAACGAAAUGGCUGGUUUCCAUUACUAUAUCAAUAAGACAUUUAUGCCUAUGAUUUUAUCUGUCAGCAUCACUUCUUUUUGUCCUUAAUACCCUAACAUACGUAUGCAUAAUCUCCAUAGUGGUCUCUAAACAUUUCCUAACGUGCUGACAAGGAGAAUUUGUUUAACGAUCAAGAACUUCUCCAGUUGGUGAUCAUUUCCUAUAUUCUCAUUACCUUAGUGUGUGAUUCGGGAGUGGUAAUGUUGGGAGAAAUGAGAUGCUAAUCACUGUUAUGGAUGAAAGGGUUAGCUUGAACUUAGCGAAAAGGAAGGUAUUUCGUAAUUUGCCGGCGACUGUCAGAUAACUGUAAACUAAACUUAAUGAAGACUUCACGUACUAGAUAUUUGAGCCGUAAAGUUUGAGGCGACAUUUACGGCAGAGUUUAAAGACUCUCGUGUUUAUCUUUUUGUCAGCAAGAUUUUUAAUUUCGUGUAAAUUGGGACUUGCAUUUAGUUAAUUCUUGCACAAUUUCUCUACCUAGUUAGUUAUUUCAAUUGAGGUCUCCUUUAGGUAUUUAUGCUUUAAAAAUCAAUACCAGGACUUAUGUAGCAUUAGUAAUUCCUUUUGUAUGGCACUGUCACCUUAUAAAUCGGAUUUUUAUAACGUUAAAGACUCCUGAGUGAAAGCUGUUGCCAGGUCAAUGUACAAUAAAACACUUUCCCUUCUGCUUUUGAAUUAAUUCUUGCCGAGACGAAAACUGAAUUUAAAAUUAUACUAGUCUGAUAUGCGUUUUAAAGUUGACAGCGUCCUGAAUCAUUUUUACAUUGUGCAUUAGUAAAGUAAGAGAAUGUGAGAGAGAGGGAGGAUUUGGUGAGUGCGCCAUUGAAAAUAAAUUAUUCCCAUAUUCCUACGAAACAAUAGAGGCGAUUUUGAUCCUUUAUCAUCGGUCUCUUUCAAAACCAUGACAUCAAAUGUCCUCUUUUGUUUGUUUGUUUGCUUCCUAUUUUUUGUUGUUGUUGUUGAUCCAAUUAUUUG